AUGGAUGAUCAACAAGCACCAGCUCCCCAGCCGCCCAAGAAGGUUCAUCACCCUCGAACCUCGCGACCUAAGCCCCCAACUCCUGGAAACGAGGAAGCCACUGCAGUUCUCAACCUCGGAGAGUUCCAGGACGUCGAUACCCUCACGCUCUCGGAAGCUGCUCUGGUUUUGAACGCCCUUCAUGCCAAGCGAAAGAACGACCGCCGAAAUGUCAACAACACCGAGAUGCUGAACUCGACUCUCACCUACCUCGAUAACUUUGCGCGAUUCACGCAAAAGGAGAACGUAGAAGCUGUCGAGCGUCUUCUCAGCGCACACAAGAAUCUUGCCAAGUUUGAACGCGCACAACUGGGUUCCCUGUGCUGCGAAGGAGCCGACGAGGCGAAGACACUGAUUCCUUCACUGGCCGACAAGAUCUCGGAUCAGGACCUCCAGGAUCUGCUCGACGAGAUUUCCAAGCUUCAGACCCGAUGA